ACCGGAAGAUGUGAUUUAUGCAGCGCAUGAGCUUCUCUAAUUUAAAUGCCUUUUUAUUUGUGUUAUUGCACAUAUAAUGUCUAACUAGAUUUCCUGAAAGACAUUACACAUGCGCAUUACAGAUAUCGCCUAUAUAUGUAUUGUCCUGGGGUCUAUGCACUAACCCCUUGUAGUCGAGUGCUGUGGGCCAGAUGGUAUACUCUGUUUUGAGACCGAGCGCGGUAUGGGUUGGACGGACAGUUAGGAGGUUUUAUGAGGACGUCUCAGCGAGUGCAACAUCUACAACAGUAUUUCAUCUCGAUCAGGAUAGUGGUGAAAACACGAAAGAGGCUGUGAACCCGCGACAGUGUCUUAAGCGACCAGGACGUGGCCAACAGCAGGGAAAAAUCGCAGACCCAAGAGCUCCUGAGCUGCAGACCCUUGGACUUUGGAUAUUGAAUGAGCGGUCCAGAUGGCUCUGUGCCCCGAUCCAGUGUCUAGUCCUCCACUGGCCAAAGGGGAUGGCCUACACCAGCAAGUGCUGGGGUCUUUCCCCCUGUGCGAGGUGACUGAGGAGGACCUGUUCCAGAACCCUCACUUCUGCAGGCUGCUGUCCAGUCUCUCGCAGCGCAUAGACAGCACUGGGCUGACCGCCUCUCUGAAGAGAGAGCUGGAAAAGGUUGGCAGUGAGUUAAGUCUACAGCAACAAACUGUGUUUGUUUUGCGGAAUUGUUUUUCUCCUCGGGGAGGCCAGGCUGAGAGGGAGAUGCAGGCGCAGAAACUGGGGUGGCUGAGGUCGGAGAGUCUGCACCGGCUGCUGCAGGAGAUGCUCCAGGAUUACUCUGGCAGGAAACAUCAUUCCCAGAUCCCGCCGGAAGACGGCAAGUUCUACGGGACUCUGGAGCAGUGCCUGCUGGUGGCGCAGUGUGCCCGGCAGCUGGACCCCAGUCCGACCACCGCCCAGGAUCAGCCGCAGCUGCUGGGGCUGUCAUCCCAGCUGGUCCUGGACCUCUUCCCAUCGGAGCAGGACGUGAAGCGGAUGAAGCAGAGGCUGCUGGGAUUGCUAGAGGAGACGCUACAGAAGAAGUGUCAGACCAUCCUCGCCUACUACCAGCCUGACUGGGAGGGCGAAAGCGCAGGCCUGAAGAUGGCAAAGCUGUCCCAGCUCCCGGACCUGUUGGAGAGCGAGAGGAAGAGGCUGGAGAGCGAGAGACAGAAAGCCAAGGAAAACGCCAUACAGCUGCAGUCCCUAACUCACUCCUAUCUGACCGAGCUUCUGGGUUGCAUUCAGAUUCUACAGUCGCUCAUCCUGGAUCACCGGCUGAAAGCUCAGAAUGAGCUGGACCGCAAGAAGACCCAGUAUUUGGAGGCCAAGUGCGAAAUCAUCAUUCACAAGAUCAGAAUGGAGAUGCUUCAGGUUCAGCUAGACUCCUACGCACCCCAGAAAAUAGCUGUGCAUCGGAAGAUCAGGGAGAUGCUGGAGUCGGAGCUGCAGAGUGAACAGAGUGAGAAACAGUCUGCAGAGAUGAUGCUGUCCUCCUUCGAGAUCCUGGGCCAAGACUUCGAGACGCUGGUGAAGGAGUACUCCCGCCUCCGGCAGGAGAUUGACAACAAGAAGUGGGCCCUGCAGGAGUUCUCGCAGCACAGCCACUGAGACCCGAGCAGAGUCCAACCGCUCCCUCAAAGCUCCUUGGGGAAGCGCGGACCUAGAAUGUCCUGCCAUUCGGACAGCAGCCCCUGAAAGAGGGCGGAUGGAAAUACUCCGGACUAAUCGCACAGGGUAGCACGGUUGUGUUGCCCUGUUGACCAGAAUUAAGAACCGGAAGUGUUGCAGUUGGGACUGAGAUGAAGACUAAAGAUUCAUCAGCCCCCUUUGAUUCUGCUAUCCAGUGGCAUUGUUUCAUAUAGGAAUUUACACCUAAUAAGACUUAUUUACUUAGAGGUAUGGCACUUUUGUAUGCUUCAAGGAAACAAAUAAAGUUGAGGAAUGAUAUCCCAUUAUUUGCUGGAAA